AUGGACCUGGUUAUCACGCAGGAGCUGGCCCACGCCGAGAGCCAGCAAGAUGUGGCCUCUCUGCGAAGAGCCUACGAGCUGAUCAAGUCUGCCAACCGCGGCAAGUCGGAGCUGGACCCCUCGGAAAGCUUUAGCCCAGACCUAUUCGUCCUGUGUGCCGAGCAGGCCCUCAAGAUGGGCGAGCCAGAGGUCAGCCAGGACUGCAUCCAGAUGUACUUCAAGGUGAAAGGGCCGGUCACCCAGUUCCUGGGCCGGGCGCACCUGUGCAGGGCCCAGCUGUGCGCCCCCAAGUCCUCCGACAACCUGGAGGAAUUUGAGAACUGCGUGACCCAGUACAUGAAGGCCAUCAACUUUGCAAAGGGAGAGCCCAGGUACUACUUCCUGGUGUAUAACGCUUCCGUCCUCUACUGGCAAAUGGUGAGGCCGUUUCUCAAGCCUGGCUACCACCACCACGUGAUCCCCAGCCUCUACCAGAUCGUAACUGUGCUGAACCAAACCGAGGAAGAAGACAAGGACUGGCGUGCGGAGCUGAUGCUGGAGCUCCUCGAGUGCUACCUGGAAGCCGGGAGGAAGGAGGAGGCCGCCAGGUUCUGCUCCACCGCAGCACCGUUCGUCAAAGCCCACGUGCCGCAGAGGUACCGGCAGCUGUACUCUGCCAUGGUGCGGCAUGAACUGAUGGAUGAGCUUCAGCUACAGGAAGAAAAGAAAAAUUCCAUUAGCCUGUCAGUCUGUUACCACAUUAGCACACUAAAAGCAAAACUGGAUAAAAACGACUUACCGGAAGAUGUGAACAAGGUCCUGAAGACAGCCCACAGACACCUCAGCUAUUACAACCACCAGCGCUUCCCUUCCGUCAGAGAAGAAAAGAUGCUGCUGCUCUGUGAGCUGGCUCGUCUGUCCUUGACCCUGAAGUCCCAGGAGAUCUCUGCGGACUGCCUCUCGGACCUGAAGAAGAUGGACAGCCAAGACCCCGGGAAGCUGAUCGAGAUCGAGUGUCUGGAGUGUGAAUUAGAAGCCCUGAAACUUGAAAGUAAAACCAAAGCCUACAUCCGAGCAGCCGUGGAGAGCCAGCUGAGCAUCAUCAAGAGACUGGACCUGGCGCUGCAGCGUGCGGCCCGCCUGGGCGACGCCCAGGUCAUCCACGUGGUGUGCACCACCCAGUGGAACGCCUGCCUGCCCCUGCUGCAGCACAACCUGCGGCACCUCCUGCGGAAGCCGCUGGCCAGCAUCGCCGAGGUCCUGGAGAAGGUGGACAGCCUGAUGACCCUGCUGCGCUGCCAAGUGCACACGGAGCUGGCGCACAUUGAGGAGGACGAGGACCGGCUGGAGCCCGCCAUGCAGCACCUGCAGAAAGCCCAGGCCCUCGACAGCCUGGGGCUCUACCGGGACAAGCUCCGGAUGGCCUCCAACCGGCUGCAGCUGUGCACCAUGCUCUACCAGUCCCCCGAGCGCCCGGAGGACAAGGCCAUCAUGGCCAUCGAGCAGGCCAGAAAAGCCGCCCAUAGAGACAGCGUGAGGAAGAAGCGGGCCCUGCUGGUGAACGCGGGCCUGGCCCUGGCCCCCGACACCUUCCAGAUCGUGCUGGACAGUGAGAACGAGGCCAAAGUGUCCACUGGGAAAAACAGGGGCCGGUUCACCUACCUCUUCGCAAAGGCGCGGCACCACACGAUCAGCGUGGACAAGGCCGCCGGGCACUUGCGGCGUCUGGGGAACGAGAACGACAAAGAGCGAAUCGAGAUUUGGACAGAGCUCGCCAAGGUCGCCCGGAAGCAGGGAGUGUGGGAUGUGUGCCGGACGGCGAGCCGCUUCUGCCUCCUAUACGACAACAUCAAGGAGAAGAAGCCGCUGAAGCUCAGGAAAGGGAAGAAGAAGAAGGGCGGGAACGGCUCCGUGCAGGACUCCUGGGGCCCCUCAGAGGCCGCCCUGCACCGGCAGAUGCUGCCCGACCUGCUGCGGAAGUUCGCGGAGGUGGGGUUCAUCAACGCCGAGGCCACUGUCCAUCUGCUGCGGUCAGAAGGUGUGGAGCUGAAUGAUCCACCCAUCCCCCCCGAGGACUUGAGCCAGCACCCAGCCGGCUACGUGCCUGAGUCCCCAGAGACGAGUGCAGAGUGGGCCACGUACAGAGCCUGGGUGGAAAACCUGUCGCAGUACGCCAUGAGCAACUGGCUGCGCUCCGCGGAGAUCGGCCGGGAGAUCGGAGAAGCCUGGAUCGUGCAAAACGCCAUGGUCUACGUCCUGAACCACAACCGCCACCUCAUCGUGGCCGGGCGGCAGAAGGAGCUGGUGGACGCCCUGUCCCACCUCCUGAGCAUCGUCAAGGACACCGGCCACCACGGGGACGUGCAGACCUUGGCAGUACUCUGCAGUGCCCUGGCGCGGGGCCUCAUCAUCAGCUGGAUUCCAACCCAGACGCCCGAGAAGUCCAAGAAGUCGAUGCGGCCCAUCGUGCCUCACACGCCGCUGGACUCGGGGGCCACAACCGAGAUCAGGACGGCCGUGGAGGUCUGCGAGUUUGCCCUGAACCUGAGUGACGGGAACGUCCCAGAGGAGGUGGUGUCCAUGAGCACGCGGCAGCAGCUCGUGGCCACCUGGGUGAAGGCCAAGCAGCUGCUGCAGCAGCAGAUCGGGCCGCGGCUGGGCCCCGACGGGCAGAGCACCCCCGAGGACGUCAGCGCCGUGACCAGGGUGCUUGUGGCCCUCGAGAUGUACUCGUGCAACGGGCUCGGCCUCAUGGACUUCAGCGUGCCCUCCCUGGCCCAGGUGGUGAAGAUGGCAUACGAGUGCAGCUGGUCGGACCCCCUGGUGGAGCUGCAGGCGCUGACCCGCCUGGCCCACUUCACCUUCGUAGCCCACGACCACGAGACCACCAUGGCCUGCUCCCAUAGGGCCACGGAGAUGGGCAUCAAGUUCCUGAGGAUGCUCGGUCCGGUCGAGGCCCGGCUGACGGCGGAGAUGCUGAGCACGGCGGCGGCAAUCCAGGGCAGGAGCAUCAUGGAGAACCUGAAGGGCAGAAAGCAGCUGCGCCUGGUGGCAGCCAAGGCCUUCAUGGAGAGCGCCAGGUUCGGGAGCAUCGCGGGCAACAGCGCCCUGGUGAUGCUGGCCGCGCGGCAGUACUGGAACGCCUGGCUGCCAUUCCUGUCCUCGGUGGUCAGCAGGAAGAAGGCCAAGGGCACCGUCCAGAGGGUCAUCAGCCUCAUCAACAAGACGGAGGCCAAGACGCAGGAGAAGGGCAAGACGCUGCUUUUGCACCAGUGGCCCACAGCGGACUUCCAGGUCGGCGGGACCCCCGAGGGCAGCUUCCUCCCAGGCGCCGAGGAUGACCUCUCACUCCGCGUGGCGCUCUACGGCCUGCUGUUCCACUGCCACGCGGACCAGGGCGACUGGGAGGGCGGCCUCAGGGUGCUGGACGAGGCCGUGCAGGUGCUGCCGCGGACGGCCCACCGCCUGUUGAUCUUCAAGCACAUGGUCAUCGUGAAGGCCAAACUCGGCCAGAACUUCACCAUGGAGAUGCAGAAAUUCAAGGAUGAGAGUGAGGAGUACUUGGCGCACAUGUGGCACCGCCUGGCCCAGAACUCCAAGAACGUGCACGGCGAGCUCAGCUGCUACCACAACGCCAUCCAGGCGCUGCAGAAGCCCGAGUCGGAGUGGCAGAAGGUGGACUACAUUGUGCAGUUCAGCGAGUGGCUGUACAGCAGGCAGUUCCCUCUCGAGGACGCCGUCCUCCACCUGCACUGGGCCAUCAGCAUCCUGCUGGCCAUGAAGCUCAGAGACGCCCCCACCGCCGAGCAGGAGCCGGAGCCGGCGGGGGCGUCCUUGCCUGCCGAGGGGGCCCCAGGAGGUCCGGCAACCGAGGACGUGGAGACGGCCUCCCUGGAAAAGCUGCGAAACGUGAGGCAGCUGGAGACGCUGGCCCGCACCCACGUCCUGCUGGCCCUGAUGGUGGCCCCCGGCUCCAGCGACCACAAGGACGCCUGCCUCCUGGCCUACACCUUCCUCAGGCAAAUCUGGCAGGUUUCUUUGUCAACUGCAGGGAAGCUCGUCUCGGAAAGCCGGGUGCUGGCCGCCACCAGCUCACACCUGCUGCUGCCCAGGAAGGACCGGGAGAGGAGCCGGGUGGAGGAGGAGGAGAGGGGCAGGAGCGGGAAGCAGGUGCCAGCGCCCUGCCCGGCGCUCUGUCGGGGUCCCGAGUGUCGGUCUGGUGCUGGAAGUAAAUCCCACAUUCUUGCCGUUCAGCCCCAAACCCCUGUCCCCGGCAAACAGCUUGAAGAGUUACCCACGAGCAUCGAGGAGUGGGCCUCCUACUCGUGUCCCGAGGAGCUGCUGUCGGUGUUCAGACAGGACAAGAGCGACUCCACCGUCAACUCCUCAACCAUCCAGAUGCCGACCUACAGCCUGUAUUACCUGGACCGCCUGGCUGAGGCCCUGCGGGGGAUGCACCUGCACGAGCUCACCAUUCCCGUGCUGCAGCUGGGCGUGCUCAUCGCCGACGCCGUGGUGGACAGCAGGAGCCUCGCCGACCUGUACCACCUGCGCCUGGCCCUCGUCUGUGCCGACCUGAGGCUGAAGGACGCGGCCGCCUACCACGAGGAGGCAGUGGGCCAGGCCUACAUCGGUGACUCCGAGCAGGCCAGCUGCCGGAAGGAGAUCGCCUUGAGGAAGGAGAAGAACAAGGAACCCGUGCUGGAGGAGGGCGAGCCGACCCUGCGGGAGCAGACGGCCCCCGCCCCCGCCCCGGCCGAGCCCCAGGUGCUCGUGGCCCAGGACAAGAUUCUGAAGGUGAGCGCAGAGUCCGGGAGAGGCCUCGACGGGACGUCUUUUCCCCAGCUGUGGGUGCUUAAAGCAGAGGUUCUGUUGGAGAUGGGGCUGUACCAGCCGGCGCGGCUGCUGCUGGCCGAGGCGCACCAGGCCUUGCAGGAGCUUGGGGACCCUUGUGCAGAAGCCAGAUGCCUGCUCCUGCUGGCGCAGCUGGCCAACAAGGAGAAGAAUCACGGCCAGGCCAGGAGGCUGAUCGAGAGGGCCCAGCGCCUGGGCGGGGACGAGCAGUUCUGGUACCGUUCUACCCUGGCCCUGGCAGACAGCAUCCUGGCCUCGGAGGACGGCGGGAGGAAGGUCUGCCACGUGUUUCAGAAGCUCACGGACACCAUCAACGUUCUCAAGAGAGAAAGGCCCAACCGGAGGCCUCUCCUGGAGUUCAUCGCCACAGACCUGGAAGCCAGGGCUGUGAGCCUUCAGGUCCGGGACGCCCAGGAGUCGGCAGAGCGGGGCCCCCUCUGCGUGUCCCUGCUGCGAGAGCUGGACAGCCGCUUGCUGCGCGCACAGGAGCGGUUCCUCAGCUGCGGCUUCCGGGAGAGCGCGGUCGACGUGCAGCUGGAGCGGGCACGCGUGAAGAGGCUGUGCGCGCAGCUGGAGCAGGAGGAGCAGCAGGUGACCGUGCAGCACCUGGCCGCGUACGAGCUGCUGCAGACAGCGGUGGCGGAGGAGGAAGCCACGUUCCACAGCACCCAGGGCCUGCUGUCCAAUCAGGACUUGCAGAGCGUCAACACGCCCCUGAUGAGGAGGCUGGCCCGCCUCAAGCUGCGCCUGGUGGACGUGUCGCUGGACUUGCUGCGGCUCACCUGGGAGAAGGCCCUGGAGCAGCAGCGGGAGCAGGGCUCCCUGCACGAGCUCCUGGCAGGCUACCUGCAGUGCAGCCGGGACUACACCGCCCUCGACCUGCAAUGGGCCCUGCUGAGGCGGACGCUGGCGCACGCGGCUCUGGUGCACCUGGAGAGCACACUGCCACUGUGCAUGGGCUGCAUGGACAUUCGCUCCCAGCUCUUUGGCCUGGCCGGGAGGGCCCUGCACCUGCUGGCCGUGCAGGCGGACCCUGUGCAGCCCUCCUCCUACUGGGACGACAGCCUCCAGGUAGGCACGAAGCUGAGCAGCCUCAGAUCUCUGGAGCCGGAAGCAGUGGGCGAGGCGGUCAGGGCGUCCAGCAAGGAGCUGCCAGCCUUCCGGGCAGGCCCCGAGGAGCCCAGCAGGAGAGGCGAGACGCUGAAGAGGAGGAUGGCCCUGGCCCAGCGGCUCCGGGCCCAGGCGUCCGAGGUGUUGCUGCAGUGCCUGCAGGCCGCCCUGGGCAGUGGCCGCCUCGACGUGGCCGCCGCGGCCAGCCUGGAGAUGGUGGAGUGCCUCGGCUCCCUGGACCCCGCCACCACCUGCCAGUUCCUGGCGCUGUCUCAGAGCUGCCGGGCCUCGGAGACCAUGCGGGGCAUCCUGCUCACGGCCACGGCCAACACCGGCGGCUCCCAGCUGGCAGCCCUGCUGUGGCUGCAGCACCAGCUGAGGCAGGAGGACAGAGCCUCCACCAGCCUGUUCGCCAGCGUGGAGCAGAGGCUGGUGGCCGUCGCCAAGGCCUGGCAAAACCUCUGUGUCACGGAGCAGCAUUUCGGCCUCCUGAGUGAGCUCCCGUCCAUGCUCCGGGUGCUGUUUCUGCACUACUCACAGGACAGGUCCCGACUGUAUGGUGCCAUCUACGAGCGACCCAGGGUCCUUCCCGCCCCCAGAGGGAAAGUGGUUCCAGCAGGCGGCCACUGCAAGGUGAUGCGGGUGGCUGUGAGUCCCAGCGCCCUCUCAGACCUCCUGGCCAGUGCCCAGCACUUCCGCCAGCAGAGCCAGGUGCUCGGUGAAGACUGCGCCCUGAGAGUCCACUUGGACCAGGAGCCUGCGCAGGCAGGAGACGGCGGGCGCGGCCCGGGGCUGCUGGACGACGUCCUGAAGCUCCUAGAAGAGCACCUGCAGCCGCUGCUGCCCCUACUGAGCUUCCCGGAAGCCAGGUUCCAGAUGUCCACGGCUGUGCUGGAGACAGGAAGGCUCAAGGGCAAGGACAAGGACAGGAAGACGUCCAACCUGCAGAUCCAGCCAGAAGCCGCGGAGCACCUGGUCCUGCUGGUGGACCGGCCGCUGCUGGAGCUGCCGCUGGAGGGCCUGGGUGCGCUCCGUGAGGCCGCGCUGGCUUCCGUGUCGCGCGAUCUCUCGCUGCAGAUGCUGUGCAACCGGCUGCGGAGAGACGAGGCAGCUGAAGCCAACCUGAAACGCGAGGGCAAGGGCAAAGACUUGAGGAAGAAGACGCCAUCCCGCAGGGCUGCGAAGGGCAGCGCGUACCGGGUCAUCCCCCCAGAAUGCAUUGCAGUCGACUCGGACACCUUCAAGUAUGUGGUGGACCCCUAUGAGGAAGCACAGGGCCCAGAAUCCCUGACUCCUGUCUCCGUGACCCGGGAAAUUCUGGAAAGAUUCCAAGACACGCUCACAUCCCGAUGGGCGGGACACCUGGGGAGGAAGCAGUUCCCGAGCCAGGCCGAGUGGGAGCAGGUGCUGGGCGGCUGCGGAGGCUUCUUCUUCUACGGGAUGGAGCACUUCCUGUCGCACCUGUCAGUGGAGAGGCUGGCCGCCAUGAAUCUGCAGGGCUGCCAGGUGAUGGUUCUGUUGGAUCUGACCUCGUCCCCGGAGAGCUUGCGGCGGCACACGGAGGCCUCGGAGAGCAAGAGUGCAGCGCAGCUGUCGCUGGAGGAGCCCGUGGAGACGGCCAUCCUCCUGAGCCUGGUGGGCGUCCGGAGCAUCCUGGCGAACCAGUGGCGGACGUCGCUGCAGGACAACGCACGGCGGGCCAGUGCCCUGUGGGAAAGUCUGCUGUCAGGCGGCCAGCUGGUGGGCAGUGCCGUCCACCGCCUGCGGGAGCCGGCCACCAGCCCCAGGCUGAGCCCAGACGAGGCCCCGCGCACAUCCAGGGACAAGCUGAUGUUCUGGCCGAAGCAGCACAGCUCCAGGCUGCUCCCCGCCACCCUCAACCUGGUCCUGUACGGGCUGCCGCACCAGGUCAUCUGGGUGCGUCCUCCAAACGUUCUGACGGCAGGGGUCGGGCGUGGUCAGCAGCGGCCUGGCCAUGGACCCCACGAGCAGCCUCAGCCCCUCCGUGUGCAGCGCGACCCUGGUAUUCGCCGGCAGAAGUCAGGGGGCAGUGCUGCCUGCAGGAAGUGUCCUCGGAGCCCCUGCUGGGCCUCGCCGCCGGGCACUGGCCCCGUGCAGAGUGACGAGUGCCACGGCUCCCUGGGGCGCUUCUCGGAGGUGCUGGCGCCCACCCAGCUCGAGAAUAAAAGCGUGCGCCGAUAUUUCACGGGGCGGCCGCCUCCCACCGCGGCGCCCAGGCGGGCACCCCAACGCCUGGGCCCAGCUCCCGGCUCCCCUAGCAGCGUGGCCAGAGGGGUCCGCAGGCUGGCGCGGACUCGGGUUCCGGAGCUCGGCGCCAUCUUGCACAAGGCGCCCCCGCCCGUCCGCGGGGCAGCCCCCGCACGCUGCCCGCGGGACGCGGUGACCGAGAUGCCCUCGGCGCCCAUGCAGGUCACGGACGCUCAGGCCAGGACGCGGGGCCGCGCUCGAGCUCCCCUCACGCGGGCUGCGGGCGCCGGGACACGAGUGACUCCGGACCGCGCGGGAGGCGGCCCCAAAGGGGACACUGGGAACCCCCAGCGGCCCGCAGUGGUGCCCGGAUUCCUCUCGCUGAGGAGGCCUCGCGCCCUUCCAGCACAGAACCCCAGCGCCCACGGCUCCCUACCCUGCCUGGCCGCACCCCGCGGCUUGGACAGCUGCUCCCCCACGCUCCGGGCCCCGCGGGCGCUCCUGGGUUCCUUGCCGCUGGGAUCCACUCGAGGUGGGCGGGAGCGUGCGGAGGCCGGGCCGCCCCGACAGCCCCUCACACGCUGUGGAAUGGGUGAGGGUCGCGCCGUCCGCCCGCUCUGCGCCCCCGCCAAGACUUCCCCGAAGAACGAAGAACGGCUCACCCAAGGCCAGGUUCACCCAAGACCGGUGGAGAGACUCGGUGUCAACCCUGGCCGCCAGGAGCACAAAACGAAAACGGACCCAAGGGGGCUCGGCAGGAGCGGCGGCUGGGCCCCCGGUCAGAGCCGCCCGAGCCGCUUUCUUGCGCCGCACCACGUCCCGGACGGCCGGGCCCACGCAGAAAAGUCGUUGCCGGCGACCUCCGCCCUGGCCCGGGAGCUCGGCCGGCGCACACUGCCCCGGCCCUGGCCGUUCGCGGACCUCGGUUGCGCCCAGCCGGACCACGGCUUCCAGCGCGCAGCGGGGUCAGUGACAGCCCGGUCCGCGUCGUCCCAUUACUUGAAGCCACCCAGGAAUGCGGCGGCUCCAUCCACAGAACGGUACCAGGGCCGCGCGCCCGCUCCGCAGGCCGACCUGUGA